CAGGCGAAAUUUCUCGCACACAGACCUCCACUCGGCGCUCUGGUUGUCAGCCAUGUUUUCCCCGAGCUAUGAGGGUGUUCACCAGCAGAGAUACUCUGGCGCUCUCUACAGGUCAGUGUAUGUCACAGACAAGCAGGCCUCUUGUACUUCCUGUGAGUUGGUGGAAAUGACAGAGUCACACCGGCCUACAGAAGCUCUGUCUGUGAUGGUUUAGGCAGUUGCAGAGUAUUUUAGGAAGUGACGCCACCGCCCACCAUCAGGAAAUGGACUGUUUCUUUUAGUAGAUGUAAGUCAUGGGCUGAAGGCAAAUCGGUCAUGCACCACAGUCAAAUACGAAACGUAUUUUGAUCAGAAGGUAUAGACAGAGAACGUGGGUAAGUGGAAAGCCGCCGUGGGAAGGUGCAACCACUGUACGGAUUGCUGAAACAAGGCACUGUUAAUUACAACCCUGCAGUCUUAUCACAAGAAGCCAGAAAAACCUGGAUACUCCACAAUGUGUGAGGUGUUAGUUGUUCACACCAGUGAGGCCAGCGAAUGGGCCGAGUAUCUACAGCAAAUCUUGGCCACAUCGUGUAACUUUCUGGAGGGCUCCGUCAUUCUGUACGAUGUUAAUGAACAGAUUUGCCUGAAAAAUGAUGAGCUGUUUGGCUCCAGCAAGUGUAUCAUGCUUUUGCUGUCUACUGCGUUUUUGGAAAUGCAGCAUGACCCAAACUUGCAAGACACUUUCCGGGAUCUUCUUCAGCCUCCUCACAAAGUUGUCGCUUUUUUGUGUGGUGUAUCAGAAACGCAAGUGUCAACAGAUUAUUUUGAACACUGGGAACAUUGGAGAAAGCUCAACUCAGAAGAUGAACCAUCCGUAUAUGUGUCUACUGUCCUUCAGUGCAUAGAUUAUGAAUCCGGUAGUGAACAUCAUUGGGAGAAUGCAUAUGAAAUUGAACUUGAAGAACGCAUCGAGGAGUUCACAAUAUCUGAAAUUCCUGACACUUUACCCGAUGAGACUGAACAUCAUCAGGUGAAUGGGAAUGAUCUUUGUCCCACUGAGCAGACUUGUUCAAAUGCAGCUGAGCCACAAGACCACCAAAUCUGCCUCACCGUCCAACCGGACAGAAUACCAUGUGGGAAUCGUGUGAAUAUUUAUAUAAUCAUGGCAAAGAAAUUUGUGGAUGAGGGCAGCCUGGAGGUGGAGUUUCACUCUCAGCACUCAACACCGCAGCGAAUGCCUGGGACUCUUGUAAACGACUGUAUUGUUACUGUACAGUCACCUGAAAUGCCUUCUGGGAAAGUCUCAUUGACUCUUUAUAAUAAUGAGUCUGUGGUCUGUUCAACAACAGUAACAUAUUUCACAGAAAUGGAGGAAAUCUGCAGGUAUCUAGAGAAAGCAGUGGAUCCAAUGCAGUUCAUGUGUCAGGCGUUUGAUAUCACAUCAAAGGUGCCCGAGUCAUUGGAUAAUUUGCUCGCAGACUCUCUGGAAGAACAUUUGCCUCUAAAUGAAUUACAAGUAUUUGGAAUUAGUCAGAUUGCAGAUAACACAGAAGCAAAUAACCGUAAUGUGGAACUCCCAACACUGCUUCACUUCUCGGCCAAAUACGGCUUAAAAAAAUUAACGUCCUUGUUAAUGCGGUGCCCCGGAGCCUUGCAGGCUUACAGUGUGAUGAACAAAGAUGGAGAUUACCCUAACAAUCUGGCCGAGAAGAGUGGCUUCUCUGAUUUAAGACGCUUCAUGGAUGAAUUUGUCGAGACUGUAGAUAUGGUGAAGACCCACAUGGAGGAAUCUCAGAACAACCCUGACAAUGAGGAUAUCUAUGAGGAUAUGUUGACAGCUUCCCAAAAUUUCAUCACAAGUUUCGAUAAGGAGGAUAUUUACGAGUCUAUGAUGAAACUUAAACCUGAGAUGGAUGAUGAUUUGGAAGGUGGUUUGGAGGACUCCAACACGGAGACAAUGCUCAGAAAGUUUUUUGAAGCAGAACCUGACAAGCAUUCACAAUCCUUGCAACAUAAUUCAACCAAUGGUGGAUUCCCUGAAAUGGAUGAUGAGAAUUAUCAUGACAUGAGUCUGGAAAUCUAUGGUGAUGUAGAAGAGGAGGACCCGUAUAACCCGUGCUGCCCUGAUCAAAUUUAUGACACGGUGGAGGAACAUUUCAACCCUGAAGUGAUCAAUCGCCCACCUGCACCGAUCCCCCGGCCAGCCAACCUGCCAGAGCCUGAAGAGAACAAAACCUACAUUUCCAAAGUGUUUUGCCUCAAGGAUCCUGUAUACUCAGUCAGCCAAAGGCCAGAAAGGGAUUCUUCUCUAGCACCUGUACGGCUGGUGGUAGACAGCGACAUGAGCAGUCACCAUGACCCCUUUGCAGGCAUGAAGACCCCUGGACAGAGACAGCUCAUCUCUCUGCAGGAGAGGGUGAAGGUGGGAGAGCUGACUGUGGAAGAGGCAGUGCAGGAUUUCAAGGCUUGGCAGUUUGAUCAAGAUAAAAGAUGGCGCUCUCUCCGCUUUCAGCAGGAUAAUUUACAAAGAUUAAGAGACAGCAUCACACGACGCUGUAAAGGCAAAGCGGCAACUGAGCUUAUGAUUACUGCACCGAUGCAAACAAACGUUCAGUGGGGUUCUCAAAUCAACAUGAAUUGCUCCGUGUAUGAUCCCUCACCUCAUUCGAUUGCCCAACCCCCUCCUGUUAGUAGACCGCUGCAGAGAGGAAGCUGGCAGACAGGAAGCACCUCCAGCACUUCUAGUUUGACUUGUGCAGGUAGUAGCAGUCACAGAUUGAGCAUUCAGAGCACCGUUAGCAACAGCAGUGGGAUGGACGGUGAAUGUGAGGAGCCUCCAGACAUUCCGCUUCCUCCACGGCCUCUCCGGCCUGCAGUGAACACUCCACCAGUACUCCCUCCACCCCGGGUCCCGCCACGUGUAACGGAGAGGGUUCCAGAGAUAUUAAACGAGCGAUACGUAUCGAGUCCAACGCGUCCUGUUCCUCAGACGCCUGCACAGAGGUCUAUGCCACCUCCUCCUUUACCAAGACGAACAUGGUGAUGGCCUGCUUCAACAUGGCUGGCUUUCGUUCUGUUUGACUGUGCACUUUUCUUGUUGAGCCUUUGAGAUUUGGAAGUCUCUUCAAGAUGGAGGAAAAGAUACUGGCUGUGUCUGAAACAGAAGACAUCUGCUUGGCUGUACUGAGUCAGUGAUCUUACAGAGGUUCGAAUGAAGGCAUCUCUUAAGGAAGAUGGAUGCCAUCUAUAUUAUUUUUACCAACUGCCAAAUCUGCACAGAAUUGUGCGUCAAAAAUAUAUAUAUGCUCAAAAACUAUCCAAUAAGCACACAGGAUAAUAUGCAAACAUCAGAUUGAGGAGUCUUGAAGCUCUUACCUUUCAUAUACUGCCUGUGAAUACAGUAUUUUUUAGGUUUCUGUUACAGCCAGUGAUUUGAACUGAUCUAGACUCAACUUGCAAUGCAAACAAUCACCUUCCUUUAUAGGUUUUGAAAUAUAUAUCUUCAUCUGAAGAUAUGCAAUAUGUUUAAAGGGUCUUCUCAUAUGUCACUUGUUUGCAAUUUAGCUAUUUGGUUUGUACACUCUGAGUGCCGUUAGUUAUAGCAAACAAGCAAGCUCAAGAACGUGCUUACUUUUUUAAUUACAAUUUGUAUCUGUUUGAAACUGCAAUUUAGUGUAGCUUUUGUUGGCUGUGAUCAUUGCACAUGAGAUUUAAAGUAGCAUAUUUGUCUGUGUUUUUUAAAAACAUAUUUAUUCACUUUUUACUGCUGGUUACGGUAUAUAUGUCACCCAAAGAAAGACAGAGAAAAUGGAAACUGUGUAUUUAAGUGUGAAAGCAGAGUGUGACAAGGGCAGAUAUGUGUUUUGUGUGUGUUCAUGUUUGUUUUGUCAACCAUGAUGAAAACUGAUUAAAGUCCCAAUUAAAUCCCAA